CUUGGGACUCUUCUAUAAAUUCAGAGCCUCAUUUCUUUGCACCUCCUUCUCCAUGGCGAUUGUUCCUCGAAAUCCAUAUCACGAAUUGGCACACCGUUCCUGAGCUCUUGAAUCUCGACUCGCCACAUACGUCGGCCCGCCACUACCCGCAGAACAUCAGCCAUCAUGGGUGCUCAUGACGGCCCAGAGCCCUCAAGCCAGCGUUGCGAGCCCGGCUCGGUCAACAUCCCAUUAGGCUCAUAUCCGGAGACAUCAAAGUCCGAAUCCGUCGAUGCAGCCAAGGUCGCCCAGGACGUCAUAUCCAGCCUCACCGACGCCCUCUCCAAGAAGGACUACACCAGCCUCGCCAAGUUGUUUCUGGACGACAAGAGCUACUGGCGCGAUCACCUCGCGCUGACCUGGGAGCUGCGAACGCUCAAGGGAGGCGAGAACAUCUCGAAGUAUCUUGAGGCCAGCACGACGCCACUCACCAAGGUCGAAGUCGAUAGCAGUUCAGCGUUCCGGGCGCCGAAGUUCGGCCCGAUCGACGCGUGGGGCGAUGUGAACGGGAUCUCUUCCUUCAUCACUUUUGAGACGGAUGUGGGCCGGGGUCAGGGCGUGAUGACUCUUGCUGAAGAGGGCGGGAAGUGGAAGAUCUUCACCCUCUAUACCGCCUUGACCGAGUUAAAAGGGUAUGAAGAGCCGGUUCGUCAUAAGAGGGCCAAGGGCGUGCAGCAUGGCGGAGACCCGAACAGGAAGAACUGGAAAGAGAAGCGGGAUGCACAGACGGAGUUCAAGGACAGCGAUCCACAAGUGCUUAUCAUCGGAGCCGGUCAGGGAGGCUUGACGGUUGCUGCGCGCUUGAAGAUGCUCAAUAUCCCGUCCCUCAUGAUCGACCAGAAUGAACGAGUGGGCGACAACUGGCGGAAACGGUAUCAUCAGCUUGUCCUGCACGAUCCGGUCUGGUACGACCACAUGCCAUAUAUUCCAUUCCCACCCACCUGGCCAGUCUUCACGCCAAAGGAUAAACUCGCCGAGUUCUUCGAAUCGUACGUCAAGCUUCUAGAGCUGAGCGCCUGGACACAGACGACGCUGAAGUCAACGUCCUGGAACGAAGAGAAGAAACAAUGGAGCGUGACAGUGGAGCGCAAGAAGGCGGACGGAACAACCGAGACGCGAACGCUCCAUCCAAAGCACAUCGUCCAGGCAACCGGGCAUUCUGGGAAGAAGAACUUCCCAACCAUGAAGGGCAUGGACAGCUUCAAGGGCGACCGGCUCUGCCACAGUUCCGAGUUCUCCGGCGCAUAUCCGAAUUCCAAGGGCAAGAAGGCGGUCGUGGUGGGCUGCUGCAAUUCCGGCCAUGAUAUCGCGCAGGAUUUCUACGAGAAGGGAUACGACGUUACCAUUGUCCAGCGCAGCACGACAUGCGUUAUCUCGUCGGAAGCCAUCACCGCCAUCGGGCUGAAGGGUCUUUACGACGAAGACGCACCUCCGGUCGAAGACGCAGAUCUCUUCCUCUGGGGUCUACCGAGCGAACUCUUCAAAGCGCAGCAGGUGAAAUGCACGAAAGUCCAAAACGAACACGACAAGAAGACGCUCGACGGGCUGCGCGCAGCAGGCUUCGGCAUCGACAACGGGCCCAACGACUCCGGCCUGCUGAUAAAAUACUUCCAGCGCGGAGGCGGAUAUUACAUCGACGUGGGCGCGUCGCAGCUCAUCAUCGACGGCAAAAUCAAGGUCAAGCAGGGCCAGGAGAUCGCGCAGAUCCUGCCCCACGGGAUCGAGUUCGCGGACGGCACGACGCUCGACGCAGACGAGAUCAUCUUCGCGACUGGGUACCAGAAUAUGCGCUCGCAGGCGCGCAUCAUCUUCGGCGAUGAGGUUGCGGAUCGCGUCGGCGAUGUGUGGGGCUUCAAUGAGGAGGGCGAGUUCAGGACGAUGUGGCAACGGAGCGGACACCCCGGCCUGUGGUUUAUGGGCGGCAAUCUGGCGAUUUCGAGAUACUAUUCGAGGAUCCUGGCGCUGCAGAUCAAGGCGAUUGAGGAGGGACUCAUUGCGGAUGGUGCGUCGUCAAAGGAGCAGCGCUCCGCGCGUCUUUGAGCGGCUGGCUUGUAGGAUCGUAGUGGUGGAUAUCGCUGCAUGAGAAUGGGUAUGUAAGCUAGACUAACCAACACUUUUGCCACUCUUCAC